GAUGAGUGAGAUGUUUAACUCGACAAACAGUUUUAAUUUUUUGUCAGUCACUUAAUUCUAGGCAGUAGGAACAAAAGAACUGGUUUGUCUUCCUGAUAUCUUCAAUGGGUUCAUUUUCUCAUUUCCCGGUUAUGUUUCUUUUGAUUAUAUCAUCAUCUGUUGUGUGCCAAGUUGAAGAAUUCAUCAGUUUAGACUGUGGAGGAACAAGUAACUACACUGACCGUAGUACUGGACUGCCAUGGAGUUCAGACAAUGGAAUCAUGAGCCACGGCAAAUCAGUGGAAGUAGAAAAUCCAAGUGAAAACGUAGUACAGUAUCGAAGGCGUCGAGAAUUUCCCAUAGACAACAGGAAGUACUGCUAUACUUUAAUCACCCAAGAAAGAAGGCGAUAUCUAGUUCGUGCAACAUUUCAGUAUGGCAGCUUGAAAGAUGAAGAAACAUAUCCUCAGUUUCACGUAUACUUGGAUGCAACUAAGUGGUCAACUGUGUCAAUUUUGGAUGCUUCCAGAGUAUAUGUGAAGGAAAUGAUCAUCAGGGCACCCUCGGAUUCCAUCAAUGUCUGCAUAUGCUGUGCAACAACUGGUUCUCCUUUCAUCUCCACUCUUGAGCUGCGGCCCUUAAAUCUUUCGAUGUAUGCGACGGAUUUCGAGGAUAAUUUCUUCUUAGAAGUAGCAGCUAGAUUGAACUUUGGUGCCCCAAGCAAGGAUCCCAUAAGGUACCCAGAUGAUCCCUAUGACAGAAUUUGGGAGUCAGAUCUUGUUAAAAGGCAAAACUAUCUGGUAGGGGUGGCCCCUGGCACAGAAAGAAUCUAUACCCAGAAGAACGUAGACAUAAAAACGAGAGAGUACCCACCUAUGAAAGUAAUGCAAACAGCGGUUGUUGGCACCAAAGGGCAGCUCACCUACAGAUUAAAUCUAGAAGAUUUCCCUGCCAAUGCUCGAGCUUAUGCAUACUUUGCUGAAAUUGAAGACUUGGGUGCCAAUGAGACUCGGAAAUUCAAAUUAGAGCAACCUGACAUAGCUGACUCUAGAAAUGCAGUGGUAAAUAUCGCUGAGAAUGCCAAUGGGAGCUACACUCUUUAUGAACCGAGCUACAUGAAUGUGACUCUGGACUUUGUUCUGUCAUUCUCCUUUGUCAAGACCCGGGAUUCUACUCGAGGGCCACUGCUUAAUGCGAUGGAAAUAAGUAAAUAUUUAAAGAUUGCUUCCAAGACUGGUGGGCAAGACUUGAUUGUUGUCAAUGCCCUUCGCUUCAUGUCUGCUGAAAGCAUUUGGACAAAUGAAGGUGAUCCUUGUGUCCCAACGCAGUGGGAAUGGGUAACCUGCAGCUUUACCAUACCACCCAGGAUUACAAAAAUUGAGUUGUCAAGAAAGAAUGUGACGGGUGAAAUCCCAUCCGAGCUCAACUACAUGGAGGCAUUGACAGAGUUGUGGUUGGACAGUAAUUCCCUCACAGGGCCACUCCCUGACAUAAGUAACCUUAACAGUUUAAAGAUUCUGCAUUUAGAGAACAACAAAUUGACUGGUCCAUUACCUUCUUACCUCGGUAGUUUGGCAAGCUUACAAGAACUGUACAUACAGAACAACUCUUUUACCGGCGAAAUACCUCCAGGAUUGUUAAAUGGGAAAGUCAUUUUUCACUAUGAAGAUAAUCCCAAACUACGUAAAGCGGCACUGAACAAGAAGCAUUUUAAGUUGAUACUUGGAGUGUCAAUUGGAGCACUUGGGAUUCUAUCAAUUCUAUUCAUAGGAAGUUUAUUAUUAAUGCAUUAUCUUCGAAGAAAGGCAUGUCAAAAGAAAAAGGAUGAAAAAGGUGGGUCUAGGCGUAGCAGCAAUAAACCUUCAACUGCCUACUCAAUUGCCCGUGGUGGGCAUUUAAUGGAUGAAGGCAUAGCUUACUAUAUUACACUCUCUGAACUAGAAGAAGCUACCCAAAAAUUUUCCAAGAAAAUUGGCAAAGGAAGCUUUGGAUCUGUCUAUUAUGGGAAAAUGAAAGACGGAAAAGAGGUGGCAGUUAAGAUCAUGGCAGAUUUGUCUAGCCAUGGAGACCAGCAAUUUGUGACUGAGGUAGCCCUCUUGUCAAGAAUUCACCAUAGAAAUUUGGUUCCUUUAAUUGGAUACUGUGAAGAAGAACAUCAACGUAUUUUGGUUUAUGAGUAUAUGCACAAUGGAACCUUGAGGGAUCACAUAUAUGAUUCUGCCAACCAGAAGCGCUUAGACUGGCUAGCUCGUCUUCGUAUAGCAGAAGAUGCUGCUAAAGGUCUCGAUUACUUACACACUGGAUGCAACCCAAGUAUCAUUCACCGAGAUGUAAAAACAAGCAAUAUUCUCCUAGACAUCAAUAUGAGAGCAAAAGUGUCAGAUUUUGGACUUUCAAGGCAAACUGAAGAAGAUUUAACCCAUAUAUCAAGUAUGGCACGAGGGACAGUAGGCUACUUGGAUCCUGAGUACUAUGCAAAUCAGCAAUUAACCGAAAAGAGUGAUGUUUACAGUUUUGGGGUUGUUCUUCUGGAAUUGAUCUCUGGGAAAAAGCCUGUAUCUGCAGAAGAUUAUGGUCCUGAAAUGAACAUUGUUCACUGGGCAAGGUCCUUGAUCCGUAAAGGUGAUGUUGUCAGCACCAUAGACCCUUUCCUAGUAGGAAAUGUGAAGACCGAGUCCAUUUGGAGGAUUGCUGAAGUUGCAAUCCAGUGUGUUGAACAACAUGGGGCUUCCAGGCCAAGGAUGCAGGAAAUAAUUUUGGCUAUACAAGAUGCUACCAAGAUUGAGAAGGCAAUUGACCAAAAAAUAUCAUCCUGUAGUUCCAAGGCACAAUCUUCAAGGAAAACUUUGCUGGCAAGCUUUCUUGAAAUUGAGAGCCCUGACUUAUCAAAGGAGUGCCUGGUUCCAUCUGCAAGAUAAUUUUGCAGUAGCCCACCUAAGAGUUUAAAGCAGUGUAACAUAUAUGGUUAUCAACUUCACAAAUGGUUUUGCUUCAAGACCUAAAUUAACCACACGGUUUUGUUCUUCAUCUCCUAUGAAAUUUAGUACCUUUCCCUUUUAUGAAAGAUAUGCUAGGAUCAAAUUUAUGCU